CCACUGAGUUUCUGAAAUGGAAGAAAGGGCACGUCUCUUCUGUUUGUCACUCUGUGGUUAUGAGUUUCCAUUUUGAACAAACAUCAUGCUUAAGAAAAAAUUACCUCUUCCUGUUGCAUGUCUGUGCAAGCAAAUCUUCUCAGCCAGCUUUGUUACAAGUACCCCUUCUGAUUAGGUGCCACGGGGAGCUGCGUUAUUCUUUAAACUCAUAAAUCCACAAGAGGCUGCUGAAUUGUUGUAAGCAUUCUAGUCUCUGCUUACUGAGGCCACAUGUACUUCUGUGAAAAAUCAGACGUUUCAGCCCUUGUCACAUCUAAAGAUGUCUGAAAACGGCUUGAAUAAGAAAUUUAUAUCAAUGAUCAUUAAGAAGAGAAGACGUGAUGAAGAUGUUGCUGCCAACUCAGGUUUACUUCAGAAGUUUUCUGAGGCCAUUAAACAAUUCCAUCAUGAAGAUCUCCUCAGGAUUACUGAAUACUACAAGCCCCAGUUGGCCUAUGUGAUUGAAUAUGAUAUCAUCAGCAUUCUGCAGAACCUUGUCACCAAGCAAAUCCUCACCAAUGAUGAGGCAAAGAGAUACAAAACUAAAGAAAAGGCUGGAAGGCGAGUGGGAGUGGAAUACUUUAUCAAUAAUAUGAUGAUGAAGGACAGACAGGUGCUGGUCAGCUUGUGGAAAGCACUGGGUGAAGAACUUGUGAAAUUUCCAUCACCAAAUAUGACAAGAAUAUUGGAGGAGGUGACAGAUAUGGGACUGGACAUCCUGUUGGAGAUUCAGUCCAGUCCAAUUGAGCCUCUUAUUGAAGAUAUUCAUAAAAUACACAGGAAGGCUAUAUCUAAAUCCACAAGAACCCUGGAGGAUCAGCCUUCUUCUGGAGAUCCAUGCCCCAGAAUUGUGAGUUUUGAGACUAGAUACAUAGAGCUGAUGAUCUUUAAACAAUACAGAAAAACCUAUUGUGAGACCCAACAUGAAAUUCUGAAGACUGGGAGGACUCAUGCAGAGCUAGUGGAGGAACGGACAAAGGAGAAAUGUGAGCGACUCUGGACUCAGCAGCUUUUCAGAAGGAAUCCUGAAUGUGGAACUUCCCCCAACAUAGUGGUGGUGAGUGGAGUGGCUGGAAUUAGGAAGACCACCAUGGUCCAGAAGAUCUUGUUUGACUGGAGCAUAGGUACCCAUCACCAGAAGUUUGCGUUUGUGUUCCUGUUUAAAUUCAGGUACCUCAACCUCCUGGACAAUGAGAAUGAGUCACAGAUGCCUCUGACCAGGCUAAUUGUAAGGCAUUAUUCAUAUCUCAAUGACCCAAGACUGAGAGAAAUCCUGAAGAAACCUGAAGCCCUCCUCUUUAUUUUUGAUGGCCUAGAUGAAUACAAACACCAACUGGACUUCACACAGAAGAGACUAUGCUCAGACCCAGAGACUUUCUUUCCUGUCCAUAUUCUGAUCACCAGCCUGGUCAGUCAGACAUUACUGAAGGGCUGUACAAUUCUGAUCACAAGCCGACCAACAGCCUUGGAGACCAUUGAUAUGACAAGAGUUGAUCGAUUUGCAGAGAUCCUGGGGUUCUUCCCUGAACAAAGGCUGAUAUACUUUAAGAGAUUCUUUGGUGACACUGAUCUGGGUACUGAGGCGUUUCUGUACAUUGAGGAGAAAGAGAUCCUCUACACCAUGUGCUUCAAUCCUUCCUAUUGCCAGAUUAUCUGCUCUGUGCUGAAGAGCCACUUCAACAAAUUGAAGAAGAGUGAGGAGCAGCCCCCAGUACUGUAA